AUGGCCAGCCCUCUGUCAGGCCAACUGUUAGAGUGGCCAGCCCUCUGUCAGGCCAACUGCCAACUGUUAGAUUGGCCAGCCGUCUGUCAUGCCAACUGUUAUAGUGGCCAGCCUUUUGACAGGCCAACUGUUAGAGUGGCUAGCUAUCAGGCCAAUUGUGCCCAUACCAACGUCAUGCCAGCUAUUAGUGUGGCCAGCCCUUUGUCAUAUCAGCUUUUGGUGUGGCCAGCCCUCUGCAAUGCCAAUUCUGUUAGUUUGGCCAAACCCAUGAGUGUUAGACCAGCUGUUAGUGUGGCCAGAACUUUGAGUGCUAGACCAGCUGUUAAUUUGGCCAGCACUCUGAGUGUUAGAUCAGCUGUUAGUGUGGCCAGAACUUUGAGUGUUAGACCAGCUGUUAGUGUGGCCAGAACUUUGAGUGUUAGACCAGCUGUUAGUGUGGCCAGAACUUUGAGUGUUCGACCAGCUGUUAAUGUGGCCAGCUCUCUGAGUGUAAUACCAGCUGUACGUGUACCCUAUGAUGCUGAUGUAAUAAUUGUUCAAAGUGCUAUCAAUGGAUCUUAUCAACAUAACUCCGUUGUUGUAGUUGGACAGGAUGUAGAUCUUCUAGCUCUGGUUAUUGCUCUUAUUUUAGAAGACAAGGAUAUUAUGUUUUUAAACGAAGCUCACGGUAACCUUAGGUCAAGAUUUUAUAUUUCUCGAGAUUUACAGCGCUCAAAUAUUCUAAAGAACUGCAGAGAAUCAGUUUUGGUAGUUCAUGCUUUAAGUGGCUGCGACACAACGUCCUCACAGUACGGGUUUGGAAAAAUGAAAACUAUCAAUCUCCUGAACAAAGAUGAUUCUCUGCACGAAAUGGUAUCAGUUUUCAACAAUCCUCAAUCCAUUCAUGAUAAAAUUGCAGGCACCUGUAACACGAACACUACAUCAAACACCUGUGACAAGGACACUACGUCAGGCAUCUCUAGCAAGAACACUAUAUCAGGCACCAGUAACAAGACCACUAUAUCAGGUACCUAUAACAAGAACACUAUAUCAGGUACCUGUAACAAGACCACUAUAUCAGGUACCUAUAACAAGAAUACUAUAUCAGGCACCUGUAACAAGAACACUAUAGCAGGUACCUGUAACAAGAACACUAUAUCAGGCCCCUGUAACAAGACCACUAUAUCAGGUACCUAUAACAAGACCACUAUAUCAGGUACCUAUAACAAGAACACUAUAUCAGGCACCAGUAACAAGAACACUAUAGCAGGUACCUGUAACAAGAACACUAUAUCAGGUACCUAUAACAAGAACACUAUAUCAGGUACCUGUAACAAGACCACUAUAUCAGGUACCUGUAACAAGAACACUAUAUCGGGUACCUAUAACAAGAACACUAUAUCAGGUACCUGUAACAAGACCACUAUAUCAGGUACCUGUAACAAGAACACUAUAUCGGGUACCUGUAACAAGAACACUAUAUCAGGUACCUGUAACAAGAACACUAUAUCAGGUACCUGUAACAAGAACACUAUAUCGGGUACCUGUAACAAGAACACUAUAUCGGGUACCUGUAACAAGAACACUAUAGCAGGUACCUGUAACAAUAACACAAUAUCAGGCACUUGUAACAAGAACACAAUAUCGGGUACCUGUAACAAGAACACUAUAUCGGGUACCUGUAAGAAGAACACUAUAGCAGGUACCUGUAACAAGAACACUAUAUCGGGUACCUGUAACAAGAACACUAUAGCAGGUACCUGUAACAAGAACACUAUAUCGGGUACCUGUAACAAGCUAAGCUAUGCAUCAAACGGUAAUAUGUUAUAG